AUGGCUCAUGCCCGCAAGGACUACUUUGCCGUUCUGACCCAGCCGGUGCCCGCCGGAACCACAAUCCGAUUUCAGCUUGGUGUGGCAUCGCCACCUCUCGCAGAAAAGGUGAUGAACUGGUACUUCAGAACGUGGAGGGUAGAGCCGCUGGUUGACGAGGAUGGAGCCGUGGUCGACGCCUCCAUGCCGAUCUAUCCCUGGAUCGGCCGAACAAUCACGGCAACAGGAACCAGCGACGGUGCCUUCAGUGGCUUCCUACUUGUGGGGCAAGUGCCCUUUACGGUGACUCCCUCGUUGCAAACACCAGGGGCCGAGAUCAAGCUGACCAUCAAUUUCGGUGUGGCAGAUGGUGUGGAAGCCGAUGAAAGCGUUAGAAUGGAGGUCACUGCACCGGAAGGCUUUGUCUUUGCCGACUCCUGUCGAUAUGGUGGAAGCCCCAUCUUCUCGAAGUGCACCGGGUUCUUGAACCAGGCGACUUUGGUCACGGCACGUCCCAGGCUGCGCGGGUCGGACAUCACGGUAGACCUUCGAGUCAGCAACCCUGGAUUGACACCCUCGCCGAACUACUUCUACGUGGCCCUUUUCCAAGAUGAGAGCAGUCAGUAUGUACGGUGGUCGCAGGCUUUGAGCUAUGAGAUCAUGGGCAUGGGCGUCGUAUACAAAGGCAACAAUCAGCUGGGAGAGGCAGCCUCUGGAUUCUUCACAUUCACACCUGUGCGGCCUUCCCCGUCUCCGGUGGUGCAUAUUGUUGUUACACCACCGCCGAAUGCUGGUUUCCGUGUACUAUGCACCGGGAUCAGCCCGCUUGGCUUUGUGUUCAUGCCUAGCUGCGAGCACGGGGCCCAGUGUCUACAAGCAAGAAGCUUGCAAGGAAAGAAGAGGCAGAAUUGCAGCGGCCAUCGUGUGCAAACGGGAGUAGUACCGGUGCUCUGGAGGCAAGUUUUCUUGGCUCAAAGCUUUUGA